GGGGCGCGUCGCUGGUGUCCGGCUGCGGGCGCGAUGGGGCUGAGUCGUGUGCGCGCGGUCUUCUUCGACCUGGACAACACGCUCAUCGACACGGCCGGGGCAAGCAGGCUGGGCAUGCUGGAGGUGAUAAAACUCUUGCAAUCAAAAUACCAUUAUGAAGAAGAGGCUGAAGUCAUCUGUGAUAAAGUUCAAGUGAAGCUCAGCAAGGAGUGUUUUCACCCUUACAACACGUGCAUCACGGAGCUGAGGACCUCCCACUGGGAGGAAGCCAUCCGCGAGACCAGAGGGGGGACCGGCAACAGGAAGCUGGCCGAGGAGUGUUACUUCCUGUGGAAGUCGGCCCGUUUGCAGCACAUGACGCUGGCAGAGGACGUCAAGGCCAUGCUCACUGAACUCCGGAAGGAAGUGCGCCUGCUCUUGCUGACCAACGGGGACCGGCAGACGCAGAGGGAGAAGAUCGAGGCAUGCGCCUGUGCUUCCUACUUCGAUGCCAUCGUGAUCGGCGGGGAGCACCGGGAGGAGAAGCCGGCGCCCUCCAUAUUCUACCACUGCUGCGACCUGCUGGGAGUGCAGCCUGCAGACUGUGUGAUGGUCGGCGACACGUUAGAAACGGACAUACAAGGAGGCCUCAACGCGGGACUGAAAGCAACCGUGUGGGUCAACAGGAGCGGCAGCGUGCCGCUCAAGUCGGCGCCCGUGCCCCAUUACGUGGUUUCCUCCGUGCUGGAGCUGCCCGCUCUCCUACCCAGCAUAGACUGUAAAGGCAGCAGGUCAGCCUGAAGCACGGCCGGGGCCACAAUGGGGGGCCCUGGGCUCCAUGCAACACGUGCCAGGGCGCCCUGGCUCCUGGGGUGCAGUGCUAGGAUGGGCUGCUCUGCAGUGUAGGCCACUGCCGAGUGGCCUCGGACAGCCAGCCGGCCGCCGGCGUGCAUCUGCGUUAAGGAAAGAUGCUUUUGGUAGAAUAGCUCAGGAAACUUGAGGAAAUACAUGAUUUGUGAGUCUGUGAGUUAAGAUUUUGUUUUGAAAAUUAAUUUAUUAAUCUUUUAGUAUCUUGACUCUGACGCUGAGCGGAGUAACUUGCAUAUGAAUGCAUAGGUAUAGAUUUUUAUGGCUUAAAAUUACCAUUUAGGAUAGAUCACAUGUAAGGAGAGAAGCAGAAGAACAAUUGGAUCAAGCUAAUACAAGAUAAGUAUGAAAUCAUCUGGGCGAUUUAUGGUGAAAUUGUCUGGCAUAUUUCGCGUCUUAUGUAAGUCACGUGUUUGCCUACUUGUUUCCUGUCGUGGCCCUCGUCUCUGUGUGACCUCUCACGGGGCUGGGGCCAGUGUUUGCACGCUGUGUACAUGACCGAUACAUUCCCCAAGGGAAAAGUGUCUCAACCACCUUCUGGUUCUGCUGCUCCACAAACUCACAGCUCCUGGCGGGAGCUCACAGCUUCCGUUUAUGGCAAUACGUUCGUUUACGUCUCUCCGCAGGCGCACAGUGGGGUUUAGGAGACUGAGCUGCUCAGCCAUGGUACCGGACAUCGUGUGUCCUACGCAGAUCGGAAAGAGGAGCGAGGCCCCCCACAGCCUCACCAGGCAGCUCCAUGUCUUCCAUAGCCCAUCCUGACGCCAUCAGAAGAUGCGGCUUUGCUGGGAGCUGUUUCCAGAGUGCCAUUCUAAUACUGAAGUGACUCCUGAGAGUCCUCUUCUGCCUUAACUCUUUCUUGAGUAUGUCACUUCACAAAUGUCUACAGCCAAUCCAGGGUUCGCCUGCAGCUUAUUUAGAAGCUCUGGGAGCUGGCACCAUGGCGUAGUAGGCGAAGCCUCAGCCUGUGGUGCUGGCGUCUCAUUUGGCCCCCAGUUCAUGUUCGGCUGCUCUGCAUCCGGCCCAGUUCCUUGGUUCAAGUCACUGGGGCUGUGCAUCCACCAUGGGAGACCCAGAAGAGGCUCCUGGCUGCUGGCUUCGGAUUGGCCCACCUGCAGCUGUUGCGGCCGUGUGGGAGUGAACCAGCCAGGUGAAGAUCUCUCUCUGUAACGCUGCCUUUCAGAUAAAAAUAAGUCUUUUAAAAAGUAGAGACUCUGCAAAUGUGGCCCAGGCUAUUUGUUGAUAGGAUCCCCUGACUGCACUCCCCAGACUUGGAACAAAGUGGUUAUUUAUGUAGGAAACAUGAGUUAGAUUGGCUGUUUUGUUUUGAUGGAUUUAAAAAGACAAGAAAGUGUUG